ACAGGGUUCGUAGAGAAGUGAGAGAGUUACGCCUACCGGAAGAAGUUAUCGGAAAAAGAGUGGAUCGACCACUUCAUACAACAUUCGGACCCGGAACUGGACCAGGCCAUUAGGGCCGUAUACCCGUCUGAUGGGAGGUGGAAGACCUUCAAGAACAACUUAUUGAGGAUCUUCGCGUGUGACGACAUGAUCCCCACGAUAGAACGGUUGCGGCGAGUUACGAGAGGAGAGCAAAAGAGUCUGGUGGCUUUUACUAGGAGGUUCAAGCGUUUAUCUCAGGCUUUGGUGGAUAGGAGGAUGCUUUCGGAAGUAGACCGGUGCGUAGUGUUCAUGUUGCACCUGCCUGAGGAGAAGAGGAAGGAGGUCCUCGAGAAGGUCCCUAGAGACUCCGCGAAUUUCGAAAUAGUCGCCGAGGUGGUCUUUACGGGAGAAGGAGUAGACGUGCGAGAAUACAUGACGGAUAGUCUGGAUAUGGCGCUCCGGAGUAUGCGCACCCAGAGGAGUGACGGUCCCCGUGGGUACGAAAGGCAGCCUCCUGGGCGUCCCGGUCAACGUUGGGGAGGAGGACCCCCGGGUUGGCGGAGCGAACCUGGUAACCAAGGGAACAAGAAGAGCGACCGAGAGGCUGGAGGGAAUCGGGCCUCGGAAUGGGGAAACUCCCGUUGGAGGGAUGCCAAGGAUGGACGGUGGGGAGACCCUCCCCAACCUAGGAACGAGGGGACUCGUCCCGAGGUAAAUGUAGACAACCUUUCUCUCCAAGAGACGAGAUUGGGAAAGAAGUCCGAGGUUGGGGAGACCUCCAACUCAUCCCGCGUCCAAAUGACAGAGUCACCAGGAAGCAUGUCCAUAAGGGAGCCCCAGGUGUCGAGAAUCAAGUUCGUUGAGACCCAGCCCGAAGAAGAAGGGCCUUGCCUAAGGGUGAGGACCCAAGUUGGGGCCAGGCCAUCUAAAGGCAAGGAGAGCGCGACGGAGGGUGGAAGGAGAAGGAGCGGCGACAACGACCAACCGAUGGUCGACGCCAAAGUCAUGGAAGAGAGGAAGGGGGAAGAACCCACGUCACCCAAGUCACCUAGGAAAAAGGGGGCGAAGAAGUUCGAGAUGAAAUGCACCUUGGACGAGAUAGACACGGUAACUCCCUUGCGAAGAACUCUAAUGCAACCAAUGCAAUGCACGCUCCUUGAGUACUUAGCGGCUAGCAAGAGCGUUAGAGAAAAGCUCAUAAGCAUCACCAAGAAGGUGAGGAUACCGCUCGCGGGAGGACCAACAGUUCCCGGAGAUGGACCCGCCAGAGAGGAGGUGCAGUCGUCGCGAAUAACGAUGGAAAAACUGCCGACGAGUUUUUUUUCGGAAGAAGAACUUGAAACUAAGAAAUUUUAUAAGCUUGGGAGUGGCCAGCUCCAAGCCGUGGUGAGUGGGAAAAAGAUGAGAGCCCUGGUGGACAAUGGGUCCGAGUCCACCGUAUGUAGGGAUUCUAUCGCAAAGGAAUUAGGACUUGAGGUGGAUAGGGGAGUCUUCAUGCCCAUGGUCGUCGCGGACAAUAAGCUCCAACCGGCGGAAGGAGUAUGUCACAACCCUUUGAUUGAGGUCGCGGGGGUAGAAGCUACGGUCCCCAUUUUCUUAGUGAAGGAGUGUUCUUCCGAGCUGAUCCUAGGGAGGACCUAGCUGAGCGCGGUCCACGCCACCACGGUCGACCUACCAGACGGGAGUCAGACUCUCUCGAUCCAAAGCUCGGAUGGG